AUGGGAAAACAAGCUUAUGACCCUCUUGCUCGGUUUGACCAGACCGUUGAUCUCAGCGAUGAAGACAAUGAGGUAGUCUUGUGUGAAGUCCUUCCGAAUACAAAGAGGAAAUAUGCUCGAACACUGGCCAUCUUUGAUCAUUUUGUGAAGCACCACCCUAAGGCUGCAGUGCCACCUGACAUCAGAACAUUCAAGGGCUUCUUGCGCGUGGUUGCAAAUUCCAUUCCUGGUAGACUUGAUGCCAGCAAGGACAAAAGGCCUACUGUUGAAACCAUGGAAGGUUUCCGCCGGGACUUUGAAACAGCAUGGGCAAGGGAACGGAAAUAUGUUUUCCCCACUGAGGUCUCAACAACCAUGAAAGAGUGGAUACGGACAAAGUUGAAGGAGGAGGUUCCGUUGUGUACAGAGGAAAUGGACAAGAGUGCCUUCUCUCCUAAUGACCUUGUGGUGACAAUGGUGCAACUGUGGUGCAAAGAUUAUCAUGAGUACCGUGGCAAGUACAGCGAUCGGUCCAGGGUACAGCUCAGUUUUGCCUUGCUACUUUACUGCUUCACAUCUGCCCGAACAGGUGAGGUGCAUGAGUCCACGGCUCGCAAGCACAACUCUACCUCUGCCUCCGCGUGCUACAAGCACUUUCGUCUGACUUUCCAAGCAGUUGAUGGGGAGGCGAUGCUUGUCUUAUAUUAUCUGCGCGAGCAUGUGAAAAAUGGCUGGAAAAUGCGAAGAUGGGAACUUCCAGUCCACGCUUUCUAUGAGGUCUACAGUGAGGACACAAAUCUUCUCCUCAACCCCCUAAUAUACUUUUUGCCUCUGGCUUGCAGUGAUGGUGCGCUGCGCGACUAUCAGUCAUUGGGGCAGCUGUUAGAUGAUUUGGAAAGUGGCUUGCCUGAGGGUCAGCAUGUACUUGAGUUGCCCUUCAAGAAAGAUGUUUGUGACCUUCCACUAUUCCGCCCUUUCAAUGAACUGGACAGGGAAAGAUCCACUGGGCGUGCUCGAGGAGCGGAUUCUUUUGGCAAAAUGUUUGCUGCACUUGGCCACCGGGCUGGCUUCAUAUGCAACAUUACUGCAAGAGCUUGCCGCCGAUGGGCACUCAUGGAGGCUGAUAAGCAUUACUCCGAAGCCGCCAGAAUGAAGUUCGCAUCCCAGGCAUCUUCCCAUGUCUUCGGAAAAUCAUAUGCACAUCCCAUUAGUGAAGUGGACGGUCAAGCAACUUACCUUGGAAUUGCCCGCCGAGAGUCACAUAUCAAGAAUGGUCGGGCCAUGACCAUGCACCAUCAUCCACAGCUGUGGCGGUCACUACCAGCCAAACUUGAAUUCGAGUUUGAAAGUCGAGAAGAUAUUAUCCAGCUCAAUGGCAAGAUAGAAAACCUAGCGCUUCAGAUACCAGCAAAUGAUGCCGAACAGCGUCAGAUUCAGAGCGAGCGGCAAUCCCUCUACAAUCAGAAAAAUCGGCUGUAUAUGGAAGCACUCCGACAUCAGCAGAAGGCACAGCCAACAGGACUUCUGGAGUCUGGCAACCCACAGCCGAAAACGGAUGUUGAUAAACAUACCUUUUUUCACUAUGCUCGGCGUGUCAUGCCCGAGCGCGAUCUUUUGGCUGAUGCCCUGCUCAAAGAAACAAAUCCUCGUAAUACCAGCGCCAUCAUCAGUGGCCUCAUCUGUACCGAUGCUUCAGGCAGCGUGAAAUGGCCUUAG